GAACACCGAAUACCGACGUCGGCAAGUGAAUGAUUUGAGUUAGAUAUCUCCCUAGCUCUAGCUCUAAUAACGAUUGAGUAGUACCUUUCUAGACGCCGACCUAGAUGGAUUGGAGAGAGAGGAAGAGAGAGAGGAAGAGAGAGAGGAGAGAGAUCCCAAUAAGCAAUACUCAAAUAGAUCUCUACUCCGUGACAGGCAUUCUCUUCUAUUCUCCUAUACUCUUACACAAAGUCAAAAUUUAAUUAUUUGAGGAGCCCAAUCACAUUUGCUAUAUCAUUCUAUUCUACUAAUACGGGAGAUACCCAGGUAUUGCUUUCCGGCUACAUCCAUAUACCUACCUAGCAAGGGAUUCAUUUUCAUGGUACCGAUGCCAUGAUUGUCAUUCCAAAAACAAAAGCAUGCGAGCCAUACUUCACCCCGCGACAUUAUUUCGUUUGCCACCCGCCACGACGAUCAUAUCCUUCACUUCCAAUGACAAGCUUGGAAUCCAUAUUUGAUGGGUUUCAAAGUGAGUCCUCAAAAGCCAAGCCACUACUUACCGAGCGACCAUCUGCGAUAGAAGCGAGGGAGCGAGGGGAGUUCAAAUUUGGGAAUCUUGACUCGAGGCUGUAGAAUGAACGGCAGGCGAUAGUUUGUUGAGGCUGGAGCAUCUUGCGAAUUCCUAUACGAUGUUAGUUUAGGACGGCAUGGACAGCACACAUGAUAUAAUGUUGCAUUCAGUCAGAGCGUGUACAUGCCACCCAUACAGCCCGAAGAUCAUGGGUGUCAAGAUCUGCAUGGCCAAAGAUGCCCGGGCGGGUGUUCACUGUGAUGAGGAUAUGUUUAUCAGAUAGUGAAAGUGGCUUGUGUUGUCUCAACAUCAUAUCUAUCUUAACCUUUCCAUGCCAGCCGGGGAUCUGCUGGAACUUGGAAUUGGAGGCUUGUCGUUCCCUCUUUUAUGAUACACAAGCCAAACGAUUUCAUUUGGCUGGUCUGGGCCACUCGAGGGCAGAUGGGGAGGGAGGGACGUAUGUCUUGUGCGUGCAGAACGAGCCGAACUUUCAGAAAGGCUGAUGAAGGGGCUCAAUUUUGGGAUCCAAAAUGUUCCAGUGAUCGAUCGCAUCGGGGAAAAAAGCUCCGAUGCUAAAAUGCCCUGGGCACGUGCUUGGGCACUUACACCUACGAUCCCUGUCAAUUGGUAGCCUCGCGUGGAACGCGUCUAGAGUCUAGAUGCCGAUAUAGAAAUAUUAUAUUGCAAAUUGCUUUUUGUAUUGUCAAGGUACUACCUAUCGUUCACCAACAACAUCAAUUUUCUAAACAGUCUUUGCUUUGUAUCAAUUAGAGAUCAUUGUAUAAAAUAUCUUCCUCAUGAUAUAACAAAUAUCAAUAUUCGGGUGCUAUGUCAAGUCAAGAUGCAUCCCCUUUCUCCGACGCGUCGAUUCACCAAGCGCGUCGACAAUCUGGUGUCUUGACCCCAAGCUCCCAAUCAAUAUGUCACGAUGAUAUAGGAAACCUGGGGAGCAAAAAGCGGAAGAGAGAUGGCAAUUCAUUGGAGGACUUGCUAAAAGAUACGUUCGUUGUCAAGCCAUACCCAUCCAAAGUCAACACCCGGCCUCGGACUUUUCAGCCUAUAGUACUAUUACCACGGUCACAGCUACCACUCUCAUAUCUAGACAUAGGGUCUGCAGCCAAUCCUUUGCCCCAAUCACGACUUUUCGAGACGCAUGUUAAGAUACUGGAAUUGGAGGAACGAAUGGGAAACCAGCCAAUGGUUCUCAUAGCCAGGUUAGAUGACAAUCGCACUUUAUACGCUGUCGAGAGAGAAUCGCGAGGAUUAUAUGUGAUUUUACAACUGGGUUCUUGGAUCAAUAUACAUCAAUUGAAAUCAUCGGCCGUGGUAGCCCAGACCGAGCGCACAGGUGUGUCGGUGAAGGGACUACCUUUCGGUUCAACUCAUUUCGAAACCUCGACCGAGCCAUUGAUCACAUCGGAAGGAAGCAAAUAUACCAAGAAGAAGAGACUCGCUAUUGAAGCGAUACAGUCUAUGAUCAAACGCCCAUCUACGCCACUGUUGCCAGAAUCUCGGCCUCAAUCAGUUGCCCCCGAAAAAUCACUCGCAUCCGAACCUCAAAAUGACACCCAAGCCACCAUCUGUUUACCUGCUUUGGAGACGAAAACAAAAGCCACUUCUACUGAGAUUUUUGAUAAUGUUCGAACUCAGUACUUCGAAUCACUUUAUCUUUCAAAGACUUCACUAGCCUAUUUUGCAAAAGGUCCAUUAUCACGAGCACGCGCGGCUUUUAACCUCGACUUCGACGCAAAUCUCGACAUGAGUGAACACAUCGCAUUCUUAGAAAGCCUUGUACUAUCAAGUACCCUUCUUGACAAGAAGUAUCGCGGUGGUGUACCUGUCUGCGUCUCAUCCAUCGAUAUUCAUGACCAAAGUGCCGACGAUACUACAGUGAAACCCAAAAAGAGGAAGAGCAACAAGAAAAUGAAACCUGGCAAGAAUGGGCUGUAUCCAAACGAAGAGUCGCUCAUUAAGCAAUGGUGGAUUGGUCAUGACGAGGAGAUAGAAACCGGGGCUCCAGGGUCAUCUAAAGAAGAGUUAGCGAAAACUCGUAUAGCAAAUCUGCGUAUUCGCGAAACACAACUCCAAAUGAUAAUAAUACUUGAGGUUUUUGCUCUACAACCUUUAGUUUCGACAAAUGAAAAUUUAGACGGAGGCUUACCAAGUCUACCAAUUGACGAUGGUAUUAUACAAAGCAAAGAAAGGACACCCAAGACUCGAAAACAGGAUCAUCUCACGAUGCUUAUUGACGUUCAUAUUGAUCGACUAUGCAUUUGGCAAUCCAUUGCAAGUGAAGCUAUCAAGGCUCCAGAUACAAGCUCCGGCCUCACGUCCAGCAAUACCUUGAAACAUACUGACAAUAUUCUCAAGGACUUCUGUAUAGAGGUCAUUGUACCGUUCUUCUCGGCCCGCCUGCCCGAUCGUUGUGAUGCGAUAAACCGCAAGCUUGGAGGACCCAUUACUAAAUCGGCCUCAAAGCCUAGGGCUUCUAAAGCUGCAAGUUUCUCAAACACACUUACUCGGCCAGGGACUAUCACUAAGCGUCCUGUCCCUGCAAAGCAGAAGAAGAGUCUGCAGCGUGUAUUGACAGACGAUAGGGAGAGACGUAGUAUGUCAAUAGGCUCAAAUAGAGCCAUUUCCUUAAUGAGGUCGGCUACCGAUCCUACCAUCCCCGGUCUGAAAAGAGAGACAAGUGAAGCCCCGUCCCUAUCUAGUAUACCUUCUGCCGAGUUUAAGCCUCUUCAUGUUAAUAGAGGUGGAGUUUUGAAUUCCAAAAGAUUUUCCCAAAGAGAGGUGGAUAUGAGUACACUUGCGCCAGACCCUAAUUCAAAAGCAAAGAAACAAGCUGCAAUCGAUGCAAAAUUGAAGGAUGCUAUUUCAGCACUAAAGAAGCCAAAUCGUGAGCUCGCUGGUAAAGCUUUGGUUGAGACCGCCGAACGAAGAUCUGCCUCUGCUGGACAUCCUCGAAAAUCUAAAAAGCCUGUUAGGAAUCCGCUGUUCCAAGCAUUUCAAUCGGUACAGAUCAAAGCCACUCCCAAAACCAACCGUCAAAAGGACAUUUUCAGUGAAUCUCACUCGACUAUUGGCAGAUCUAGAGAUUUCGACCAGAUGGAGCUUGGUAUCAUUCCCCCAUCAAGUGUACCUACUAUACCACAAUCCAAAGCUCGUUCUUCAUACGAUCUUGACCCAUUUCGAGAUUCUGUACAAGCGACUCCAACUCGAAAGCCUAGUUCAAGUUCGUUUAGAUCUACGAGCAAUUUUGCAAACUAUGACGCUGAUUAUGGUGCAAUGCCACCUUCUUCACCAUUGCAAAUGUGCCGCUCUAGCGCACAAUUAUUCAAUAGCAUUCCUGAUUCCGUCGUCAAAAGGCCUUCUCUGUCGUCUGUCCCAAGUAACUUGGAAACACCAAUAAAGAGACCUUCACCUUCUACAUUCUUUACUGGUGUACAGGAAACACCAAUAAAGGACACUCCUGUCCGUAAAAUAUCAGAAUGGGUAUCAGGUUACACCCAUCCUGCGGGACCUUCGAAUGAAGACCAAGAGAAUAUAAGAGAUGUGCCAGUAGCACUAGAAAAGAUGAAACCUACACAGGUUUAUAAGAAAGAGGUAUCGUAUUAUGAGGCGUUAGGAUGGAAUGAUGAUGAUGUUGAUGACUUGGCAUGAUAUGAUUUCAUUUGACAGGAGUAAUUUGAGUUGAGACCAAUUACUGGAAUGGUUUUCAUGACUGGUUGGCUGCAUUGCGUCGGGUUUGGGUUUAGCAUAGCAUUGGCGUAUUGUAUGAGCUAUUUCACAACUUGGCGUUGCAUUGCACAUGAUACUUAGUAUUACAUACAUACUUACAUAGGUAUUUGCGAGAUAUAAAUAGUUCCAUGAAUAUAUAAAAUAUCA